GCGGGACACGUGCAGAUUAUGACGUCACGCUCCCAACAGCUCAUCUAAGUUUCGCAUCCGGUUGAAAAUAAUAUUAUUAGCCUUAAAAUAAAGCGUCACCUAUCUAUAAUCUCGAUCUGACAGCGGCCUCGUCGACCUCAGGAUCACACUACGGAUGUGUCUUAUUCGGGGUUCGUGUUUUCAAAGCAUUAUAAUAACGUUACUCAAAGACGGAUGUCAACAAAGUCGCUGGUUAGCUAGCUAAUGCUAACAAACAGCCUGUUCGCCGCGGUUGAGACUCAAAUCUUGGGGCUGCUGUUAACCUUCCCAUCGAGCCGGUUUGGGGACGUGUGUCUAUCCCCCAUCAUCUCUUGGGAGAUGGGUAGUCAUUUCCGCAGCUACGUCUGGGAUCCGAUCCUCAUCAUCUCCCAGAUUAUUCUCAUGCAGUGCAUCUACUACAGCUUCUUGGGUCUGUGGUUGGCUGGUGUUGAUGGUUUGGUCCAUACCAGUAGAUCACUCGACCAGGUAUUUAAUUACGAGGUUCUUGGCUUUUCAACAACACAGGGUCGCUUGUCUAUGAUGGCAUUCAUUCUGAAUUCUCUCACAUGCGCUCUUGGCCUGUGGUUUUUCAUCCGACGGGGAAAGCAGUGUCUGGACUUCACAGUGACAGUGCAUUUCUUUCACAUGAUUGGCUGCUGGAUCUAUAACGCCCAUCUUCCAGCCGCCCUGUCAUGGUGGCUGGUCAACGUGGCCUGCAUGGCCCUCAUGGCGGUCAUCGGCGAAUACUUGUGCAUGCGGACAGAGCUCAGAGCCAUCCCUGUCAACACGGCACCUAAAUCCAACCUAUGAGGACUGUUUGGAGACAGAUGUGCAACAGCUGGUGUGUACGAGGUCUGGCCUGUUGACUGACACUGCGGUGGUUUUCUGGGAAGAUGACCAGAAGUGACUUGGUUAUUCUGUGAUGUUUUGGUCACAUCACUGUAUUUAAUCUGGAUGACGUUGAGAUGUGCCACAUGGGUUUCAUGCUGCAUCGCAUGAUGAUCCUAUGACUCCCCUCAAUCAGCAUCAUUUUCAAAAAGACUAUUGUAAUUAUUCUUAUUUAGGACCAAUUCUUCAUGAUUCAUGGAUGGCUACUGAAAAUAUGACAUUUGUCAUGGUCCGUUUUAAAAUUACAGAAACAUCAUGUAAAUCUUUAUCUAAAUAAAAUGCAACGUAAUCCUGAA